UGUUCCUCUCAGACUACCUAUGUUUCUCUCAAACUACCUUUGAACUUUUCACACUACCUAUGUUCCCUUCACAUUACCCCUUGUUCCCUUCGUACUACCCCUGGUCCUUUUACUUUAUCUUUGAGCUCUUACCGUAAUACCCUGUCUAUGUUCCUUUUACAUUACUUAUGUCCUCUUCAAACUACCAAUCCCGUUUACCCUUUUACAUUACCCCCAUGUUCCCUUCACACUACUCUUGUUCCUCUCGCACUACUUUUGCCUUCUUCCUUUUACACCUCCCUUACCUUCGUCACACUUUGCCAAUUUUGGCGUUAAAUCGGAAUUUUAAAAUUUUGCGCACCUUAAAACACUUGACAUCUUACUCCUCUUUUCUUUUCAAAAUUAUUCACCAAAUUUCUUAUAUCAAUGUUCAACAAAAAAUAUUUAGUAAAAUAAAUAAAAAGAAAUGGCCAUCCCACCAUUACUAAAAUAUAUUUAGUUAUAAAGAGAAGAAUUACAACAAAACAUUUUAUAUUUUUAGCCUUGUAAGGGAUAUUUUCAUGUGAAUUUUUUGAUCAGAAAUAUAUUUGUGUGGGGUCCAAUUUGUUUAAAAUUGUUUUUUUUGGAUUAUUUUUGGAGGGCUAAGAACCAAGUGCCACCCUCUCUUUUGUUUAUUUUUUAAAUUUUUAUUGUCUAAAAUAGGAGGGAGAGUGGGUGUGCUUUUCACACGGAGAACCAUGUUCCCUUCGCACUACCCACCUAUGUUCCCUUCACCCUACCCACCCUUGUUCCCUUCCCUUUACAUCAAUAAUCUCUUUGUUU